AUGGGCAUCGCCGAGUCUACGCCGGACGAGCUGCCGUCGGACGCUGAGGAGCAACUGCGCAACGGCGAGCAGCAGUUGGAGCUGAGCGGGAGGCGGCUGCGGCGGCUUCCCAGCGCCGUGUGCGCGCUGAGCCGGCUGCAGAAGCUGUACGUGAGCGGCACCGGGCUGCGCGAGCUGCCCGAGGAGAUCGAGGAGCUGCGCGAGCUGCGCAUCCUGGCGCUCGACUUCAACAAGCUCGAGCGCCUGCCCGACGGCCUGUGUCGCCUUCCGCGCCUCACGCGCCUCUACCUGGGCAGCAACCGGCUGCUGGCGCUGCCCGCCGACUUCGCGCAGCUGCAGAGCUUGCGCUGCCUCUGGAUCGAGGGCAACUUCCUGCGGCGCUUUCCGCGCCCGUUGUUGCGCCUGGUGGCGCUGCAGUCGCUGCAGAUGGGCGACAACCGGUUGCGCGCGCUGCCCGCGGAGCUGCCGCGCAUGACGGGCCUGCGCGGUCUCUGGCUCUACGGCAACCGCUUCGAGGAAUUCCCGCCCGCGUUGCUGCGCAUGGGCCGCCUGCACAUCCUCGACCUAGACCGCAACCGCCUGGGCGGCUUCCCGGACCUGCACCCGCUGCGCGCCCUGCGCGUCUUCUCCUACGACCACAACCCGGUCACUGGCCCCCCCCGGGUGGCCGACACAGUCUUCCUUGUGGGCGAGGGCGCCGUCGAGCGCAUGGCCGAGCGCGACGAGCCCACGCCCCGGCCGCUGCCCAGGCGCCCAGCGCGGGCCUUUGAGGAUGAAGAGGAAGAAGACCUGCUCAUAGGGGGCGGUAGCUCCCGGGCUCUGGGGGCCCCCGGGGACAGCCUCCGAGCCCUGGAAGCAGCUCCAGGACUGGGCACCUGA